AUGGACGUGGAGGACGACGAGACGAGGAGGCUGCCGCCGACGCGGUACCUGCCUCAUGAGCUGAUCGUGUCGGAGAUCCUCGUCCGAUUGCCCGUCAAGUCGCUUCUGCGUUUCAGGUGCGUCUGCAAGGCAUGGCGGGACACCGUCUCCGGCGACACCUCCUUCUCCGAGGCGCACACCCGCCGACUUCGACAGCAAAAGAGGAGGCCCUCCAGCCUCCUCAUCGCACCAUACAUCACAAUCUUUCACCCCGACGUGGACCUCAUGAAGGAAUACGCAAUCCCGGGGCUGUACCUGUGGGAGGAGAACCAGCGGCAACAUGGUGUGGCGACGCUCGUGCACGACAUGGCCUGGUUCCCCGUGCAGGGUUUAUGGAAGAGGCAUGGGUUCGCGCAUUGUGACGGGCUCGUCAUGCUGCCAGACUUCGAGGGUACCGUGCAUGUGCUCAACCCGGCCACGCGGCGCAGGCUGACGCUGCCAAGCACCAACAACACCGACACUCGAGGCCCGAACGUAUACGGCUUUGGACGCAACCCUAGCUCAGGCGCCUACAAGAUCGCUCAUUUCUUCCGUGUGGAGUCCUAUAGCUUGAGGAUGGAGGUGUUUACGGUCGGGGAGGACCAUUGCUGGCGUGAGACUGCUGCCAAGCCGCCGUACCCUUUCAUAAAUGAACGGACGGCGACCUUUUUCAAGGGAUCCUUGAUUUGGAUGGUCGAUCUUAGGUUGCCUAUGUAUCAUAAUAGGUAUGUUCCACACGAGUCAAGCUUUGUCCGCUUUGGCUUGGAAGAUAAGUUAUUCAGCAUCAUGGCAGGACCCCAAUGGUAUCCUGGACGCCACUACGAGGAAUCUAGACUAGCAGAGCUGCAUGGCGAGCUAGCCCUGGCACGUCGAACCGACGAGUCAGUCGAGAUAUGGAUCUGCGAGGAUGUCAAUCAGCCACUAUGUGCCAUCCAGCAGUUGGUAAAUUCAAGCAACUCCAAUGUCUGCAAUCUUGAUUGA